CCUGAAGCAGAGUCACAAGAGUCAGUAGUUAGAGGAGACACCAUGGAUGAACAGGGCUGCCCUUGGUGUAAGACCACCAAAUACCGGAACCCCUCCCUGAAGCUGAUGGUGAACGUGUGCGGACACACUCUCUGUGAAAGUUGUGUGGGUUUACUGUUUGUGAGAGGAGCUGGAAACUGUCCUGAGUGUGGCACUCCACUUCGGAAGAGCAACUUCAGGGUACAGCUCUUUGAAGAUCCCACUGUUGACAAGGAGGUUGAGAUCCGGAAGAAAGUGCUAAAGAUAUACAAUAAAAGGGAAGAAGAUUUUCCUAGUCUAAGAGAAUAUAAUGAUUUCCUAGAAGAAGUGGAGGAAAUUGUUUUCAACUUGACCAAUAAUGUGGAUUUGGACAACACCAAAAAGAAAAUGGAGCUAUACCAGAAGGAGAACAAAGAUAUCAUUCAGAAAAAUAAGUUAAAACUGACUCGGGAACAGGAAGAACUGGAGGAAGCUUUAGAGGUAGAACGGCAGGAAAAUGAACAAAGAACUAUACAAAAAGAAGAACAACUGCAGCAGAUUCUAAAAAGGAAAAAUAAGCAGGCUUUUUUAGAUGAACUGGAGAGUUCUGAUCUCCCUGUAGCUCUGCUUUUGGCUCAGCAUAAAGAUAGAUCCACCCAAUUGGAAAUGCAACUUGAGAAACCAAAACCUAUAAAACCAGUGACAUUUUCUACAGGCAUCAAAAUGGGUCAACAUAUUUCAUUGGCACCUGUUCACAAGCUUGAAGAAGCUCUCUAUGAAUACCAACCGCUGCAAAUAGAGACAUGUGGACUAAAAGUUCCCGAGCUUGAGAUGCUGGGAAGACUUGGGUAUUUAAGCCAUGUCAGAGCUGCUUCUCCACAGGACCUUGCUGGAGGCUAUACUUCUUCUUUUGCUUGUCACAGAGCACUACAGGAUGCAUUCAGUGGACUUUUCUGGCACCCCAGUUAACCUUUAUUUCUCCAUUUAUAAGAUUUAGACCGUGGAGGGCUAGA